UGUCUCGCUGCUGCUGGAUGUGUUCGUAUGCCCGAAGAAUUUCGAGGUCAGACUUUUUUUGUUGCUCUGACUCGAAAUCAAACCGUUGGGAUUUCGGCGUGCGGACUCUGGAGAGUAGAAAAGGACACACGAUAAGGACCGACUCGAGAAUGCGAGAAGUCCAGGAAGAGCAUGUUUUCUUAUUAAAAAUGCAGCGCGGGAGCAAAGCCAUUACCAUAGCCUGUUCAAAUGACUCGAGGCUACAUUAAAAAAGCACACAGGGCUAGGCUGCUCUCCGUGGCUUGAAGCGGUGCAUGGAGAACAACCAGUGGGAUCUUCUACUAAAUCUAAAGUCUGAAGCAUUUUGAGGCGCCCCCAGUCAAAGGGGAGGGGGGCAGAGAAAACGCCCUGCUGCUGCUGCUGCUGUUGCAGCCUGUUGCUGAUAGAAACUCAAACUUAUUCGCCGUGUGGAAAAUGCUUCAUGCAUCCUGGAAAGUGGAAUUCCGGGAUCGUAGCGUUGUACGCGUUUGACCCGAUCCACGUUUCGUGUGCUUGACAAGUUUUGUUUUUUGGGGAAGGUGGGGGUGGAAGCGGGCCCUCUUUUUGUUGGAUUUUCUUUGCAUUGUGCACACUGUCCUACUGGGAGUGGAGUUGGGUGGGCUGCGAGUACCAAAGCUACCAGCUAGGCCCACGGCCAUUGCCCGGGACAAAGAGUUUUCCAAAUGUAAUCCUAAACAUUUGGGAUCGUCGGUGUGUUGUUUUUUUUGAAGGAUAAUUUGAUCAUUGUGCAGCGGCGCAACAAUCGUGCAGACAUGUCUCUGGGUGCGGAGAGAAGGAUGGAUAACCGGUUGAAGAAACUGGAGGAGAUGAUCAGAGAUCCCAAAUCUGCCGUCAACUUGGAGAGUUUACUGGACUCCAUAAAUGCACUGGUUUUAGACCUGGACUACCCUGCACUACGCAAAAACAAAAACAUUGAAACCUUUUUAAACAGAUAUGAGAAAGUAAUCGGACGCAUACGAGAUCUCCAGAUGAAAAUGGAAGACUUUGAACGGGUAAAAGUGAUCGGCAGAGGGGCGUUUGGCGAAGUUCAGUUGGUGAGGCACAAAGCUUCUCAGAAGGUCUACGCCAUGAAGCUGUUGAGCAAGUUUGAGAUGAUCAAGCGGUCGGAUUCGGCUUUCUUCUGGGAGGAGAGGGACAUAAUGGCCUUCGCCAACAGCCCCUGGGUAGUACAGCUGUGCUGCGCCUUCCAAGACGAGCACCACUUGUACAUGGUGAUGGAGUACAUGCCCGGGGGGGACUUGGUCAACCUCACCAGCACCUACGACGUGCCCGAGAAGUGGGCCAAGUUCUACACGGCGGAGGUGGUGAUGGCCCUGGACGCCAUCCACUCCAUGGGCUUCAUCCACCGCGACGUGAAGCCCGACAACAUGCUGCUGGACAGCAACGGGCACCUCAAGCUGGCCGACUUCGGCACCUGCAUGAAGAUGGACACUACCGGCAUGGUCCACUGCGACACGGCGGUGGGCACGCCCGACUACAUCUCCCCCGAGGUGCUCAAGUCCCAGGGCGGGGACGGCUACUACGGCCGGGAGUGCGACUGGUGGUCCGUGGGGGUCUUCAUCUUCGAAAUGCUCGUCGGUGAUACGCCGUUCUACGCCGACUCUCUGGUGGGAACCUACAGCAAGAUCAUGGACCAUAAAAACUCCCUCAACUUCCCAGACGAUGUGGAGAUCUCCAAAGACGCCAAGAACAUCAUCUGUGCAUUUCUCACCGACAGGGACGUGCGGUUAGGCCGGAGCGGCGUGGAGGAGAUCAAGCGUCACCCGUUCUUCAAGAACGACCAGUGGACCUUCGACACCAUUAGAGACACCGUUGCCCCCGUGGUCCCAGAGCUGAGCAGUGACAUAGACACCAGUAACUUUGACGAAAUCGAGGAUGACAAGGGAGACGUGGAGACCUUCCCCACACCCAAGGCCUUCGUCGGGAACCAGUUGCCCUUUGUCGGCUUCACCUACUUCAAGGAGGACCAGUUACUAAGUGCUUCCAAUGAUUCUGCGGUUGCCCAUCAGAACCUGAUAAACAAGAACGAUGAGUCUGCCGCUCUGCAGAAGAAGCUGCAUGAGAUGGAGGAGCAUCUGAACAGCGAGCUGCAGGUGAAGGACGAGCUGGAACACAAAUACAGGGCGGCCACUGCUCGUCUAGACAAGGUCUCCAAAGAGCUGGAGGAGGAGGUGAGCGGCCGGAAGGCGCUGGAGUCCAGCGUGAGGCAGCUGGAGAGGGAGAAGGCCCUGCUGCAGCACAAGAGCCUGGAGAGCCACCGCAAGGCGGAGAGCGAGGCGGACAGGAAGCGCUGCCUGGAGAACGAAGUGAACGGGCUCCGAGACCAGCUCGACGACAUGAAGAAACGCAACCAGAACUCUCACAUCUCCAACGAAAAGAACAUCCACCUCCAGAGACAGCUGGAGGAGGCCAACGCCUCGCUGAGGGCGGAGGCGGAGGCGUCGCUGCGGCUGCGCAAGGCCCAGACGGAGGGCAGCAAGCAGCUGCAGCAGCUGGAGGGGCACGGGCGCGAGCUGCAGGACAAGUGCUGCGUGCUGGAGCGCAGCAAGCUGAGCCUGGAGAAGGAGUGCAUCGGGCUGCAGGCCGCGCUGGAGGCGGAGCGGCGCGAGCACAGCCAGGGCUCGGAGGCCAUCGCCGACCUGCUGGGGCGGGUGGCAGGCCUGGAGGAGGACCUGCGGGCGGUCAGGCAGUCCCUGGCCAAGGCCGAGACGGAUAAGAGACACCUCCACGAGAAGCUCACCGACCUGGAGAAGGAGAAGAGCAACAAGGAGAUCGACCUGACCUACAAGCUGAAGGUGCUGCAGCAGGGCCUGGAGCAGGAGGAGGCCUCGCACAAGGCCACCAGGGCCCGGCUGGCCGACAAGAGCAAGAUCACCGAGACCAUCGAGGGGGCCAAGUCUGAGUCCACCAAGGACCUGGAGCAGAAGCUGGCGGAGGAGCGGGCGGCCAAGCUGCGCCUGGAGAACGGCAUGCUGGAGCUGGAGAAGCGCAGCAGCAUGCUGGACUGCGACUACAAGCAGGCGCUGCAGAAGCUGGAGGAGCUGCGGCGGCACAAGGACCGGCUCACCGAGGAGGUGAAGAACCUGACGCUGAGGAUCGAGCAGGAGAGCCAGAAGCGCAGCCUGACGCAGAACGACCUGAAGGGCCAGACCCAGCAGCUGAACGCGCUGCGCACCUCGGAGAAGCAGCUGAAGCAGGAGGUCAACCACCUGAUGGACAUCAAGAGGAGCAUGGAGAAGCAGAACCAAGAGUUACGCAAAGAAAGGCAAGACUCUGACGGCCAAAUGAAGGAACUUCAGGACCAGUUGGAAGCAGAGCAGUAUUUCUCGACGCUGUAUAAGACGCAGGUGCGUGAGCUGAAGGAGGAGUGUGAGGACAGGAACAAACUCUCCAAAGACUCCCAGCAGUCCCUGCAGGACCUGCAGGAGGAGAGGGACUCCCUGGCAGCCCAGCUGGAGAUCACGCUGACCAAGGCGGACUCUGAGCAGCUGGCGCGCUCCAUCGCCGAGGAGCAGUACUCGGACCUGGAGAAGGAGAAGAUCAUGAAGGAGCUGGAGCUCAAGGAGAUGAUGGCCCGCCACCGCCAGGAGCUGGGGGAGAAGGACGUCACCAUCGGCUCGCUGGAAGAGGCCAACCGCACGCUCACCAACGACGUGGCUAACCUAGCCUAUGAGAAGGAGGAGCUAAACAACAAGCUGAAGGACAUGAUGGAAGACGGCGAGAAGAUCAGGAACUGGGAGCAGCAGAUCAGCCAGGUGAAGCAGACCUUCGAGAAGCAGCUGUGGUCGGAGAGGACGCUCAAAACCCAGGCCGUCAACAAGCUGGCGGAGAUCAUGAACAGGAAGGAGUUGCGCGGCGUGGGCAGUCGCCGCGGCAAUGACACGGAGCUGCGGCGCAAGGAGAAGGAGAACCGGAAGCUGCAGCUGGAGCUGCGGUCGGAGAAGGAGAAGCUCAACAGCACCAUCAUCAAGUACCAGCGCGAGAUCAACGACGCCCAGGCGCAAAUGGCGGAUGAGAACCAGAUGCGCAUUGAGCUGCAGAUGGCCCUGGACAGCAAGGACAGCGACAUCGAGCAGCUGAGGAACACGCUGCAGACCCUGAGCGUGCAGUCCAUGGACACGGCCAGCGUGUGCAGCGGGCCCGAGAUGGACACCGACGACGCCUACACAGAAACUAGGCUGGAGGGCUGGCUUUCGCUCCCUGUCCGCAACAACACGAAGAAGUUUGGAUGGGUGAAGAAGUACGUCAUCGUCAGCAGCAAGAAGAUUCUGUUCUACAACAACGAACAGGACAAGGAGCAGUCUAUACCGUACAUGGUUCUGGAUAUAGACAAACUCUUCCACGUGAGGCCUGUCACUCAAACAGAUGUGUACCGUGCUGAUGCCAAAGAAAUCCCAAGGAUAUUCCAGAUCCUGUACGCCAACGAGGGCGAGAGCAAGAAGGAGCCGGAGGUGGAGCCGCUGCCCAUCGGGGAGAAGUCCAGCUACAUCUGCCACAAGGGCCACGAGUUCAUCCCCACGCUCUACCACUUCCCCACCAACUGCGAGGCGUGCACCAAGCCGCUGUGGAACAUGUUCAAGCCGCCGCCCGCGCUCGAGUGCCGCCGCUGCCACAUCAAGUGCCACAAGGACCACAUGGACCGGAAGGAGGAGGUCAUCGCGCCGUGCCGCGUCAACUACGACGUGUCGACGGCCAAGAACCUGCUGCUGCUGGCCAUCUCCCAGGAGGAGCAGCAGAAGUGGGUGAGCCGGCUGGUCAAGAAGAUCCCCAAGAAGCCCCCGGCCACGGAGCACUUUGCCCGCUCGUCCCCGCGCGCCUCCAUGAAGGUUCAGCCCAGCCAGUCCAUGAGGAGGCCCAGUCGGCAGCUGCCCCCCGGCAAGAGCAGUUAACCUUGUUGAUGGAAAUGUGGGUGCAGUUUCCCCCCCACCCCCCACCCUACUCUCCCUCGGGACCGAUUCAGCGUCCCCACGUUCACGUCACGCGCUGAUCUGGACCCCGACCAACCUGCCAAAGGUAUCCCUCACUGUCUAUCCCUGGAUGAAGUUCUUUCCUGGUCGCCGCGGCGAUGCGGGGAACACAACCGUCACUCUCCUCCAUCAGGACCGUUUCGGGAGUCUCGCUCGGGGAACUCUGAAAGCUUUGUUUUAUUUGUUUUAUUUAGUUUUCUACACACUUCCAGAAGGGAUCCCUGGGUCUUGACUGAUGGCCAGUUCUGGGGGAGAGGAUGCUAUUGCUGGGGUUGGGGUGGGGUCGGAGGGUAGGAGUGUUCCUUGAAGAAGGGUGCUGAUGGGCCUCGGCUUACCUCAACACAGCACCACCACGUCCAGGCAAGGAUUACAAUUGCAAUAGCUGAACUCGGACGCAUGACCAACAAAAAGAAAAACUGUUUUUUUCCAUUGUUGAAUGGGUCCCAUGGUGAACACUACAGUAAAAGGGCAAAAAAGAAUCACAUGACUUAUGAUUAAGUAAAAAAAAAAAGAAAAGCUGGAUUUCUUCAACCGUGCUGUUGUAUACAUGUGUACAAACCCCAUAUACCUUCCACCUGCAAAGUUCUUGGUGCUUCUUCCCCUGCCGUGGGUUUGAGCGACGGCGUCGUGGAGAAGGCACUCGACUCAACGGCAAGGGGCCGACGAACAUUACGGAGGUAUCAAAGGAGCAGUUUCACAUGUGACGCCCACCGCUUCUUUACGGUAGCCGGCUCAUCGGGUGGGCGUGUGUGUGCGUGUGCGUGUGCGUGUGUGCGUGUGUGUGUGUGUGUGUGUGCCUACGCUACAAACCACAGCCAAGGGGGCGGCUUGAAUUAACACGAUUCCAUGAACUUCACCUUCACGGACCGCCCCACACGAAAGGUAAAAGAGGUCAUUUUGGAUGUUCCUAAUUCCUAAUGAUCGUUGCCUGGCUUUUUUUUUUUAAGUAGUUUUCAAUGUGCAUAUUGUGCACCGCAUAGGACUCUACCUUAAUCAUAAUCUACUUGAAUGGUUUCUCAGUUUCUCCUCAUCUAAGUGCAGCCCUCUACAUUCCAGCUUUCUGAAAUGAAAUGAACCAAUUUUUUUUUUUCCCCCCUUUCUAUUUUGAUUCCCUGGAACAAGAUAACGCCACACAAUUGUAUGAACCGAACAGCACUAUAGAUUUCGAUAGUAUAUUUUUUUUCCUAAAAAAAAAUAAACGUUUGUCCUGAUAUUUUUGUAUUAAAAGUAACCAAACUCUUUAGUGUGGACACGUUUUGGUGUGUGUGUGUGUGUGGCUCACCUAGUAGGGGGAGAGCAACUUGUGUUUUUUUGUGUGAAGUGCUCCUCCUUAACCAAGCAGCAUGUUUUAUACAUAUAAAUAUACACAGUAUAUAUAUAUUUUACGUGACAUAAAACGCACAUUGUAUAUUAUUUAUACUGGCUUGUCCACUUUGUAUUUAAGGGCGUUUACAUCCAGAUUGCAUGUUUGCUACCGAACUUCUCCACAUAAAUAACCACUUUAUCAAUAAAGACAUGGAUGUGA